AUGACCAGUACGGAGUCCUCGCUGUUCACUACCUUAGGCCCCCAUUCAGAUCCUGAGGAUAGUGAGGUGGAGCCGGACUGCCGGUUUAAUGAGGAGUUCAAGUUCAUCCUGCUGCCCGUGAGCUAUGCCGUUGUCUUUGUGCUGGGCCUAGGCCUCAAUGGCCCGACCAUCUGGCUCUUCCUCUUUCGCCUCCGACCCUGGGACGCGACAGCCAUCUACAUGUUCCACUUAGCCUUGUCAGACACUUUGUACGUCCUGUCGCUGCCCACCCUUGUCUACUAUUACGCGGCCCGCAACCACUGGCCCUUUGGCACUGGGCUCUGCAAGUUCAUCCGCUUUCUUUUCUAUUGGAACCUUUACUGCAGCGUCCUUUUCCUCACCUGUAUCAGUGUACACCGCUACCUGGGAAUCUGCCACCCACUGCGGGCGCUACGCUGGGGUCGCCCGCGCAUUGCCAGCCUUCUCUGCCUGGCAGUUUGGUUGGUUGUAGCUGGCUGCCUCGUGCCCAACCUGUUCUUUGUCACCACCAGCACCAAGGGGGACACCAUCUUGUGCCACGACACCACCCGGCCUGAGGAGUUUGACCACUAUGUGCACUUCAGCUCGGCAGUCAUGGGGCUGCUCUUUGGUGUGCCCUGCGUGGUUACUCUUGUCUGCUAUGGGCUCAUGGCCCGGCGCCUGUAUCAGCCCUUGCCAGGGGCCGCCCAGUCAUCUACCCGGGUGCGCUCUCUGCGCACCAUUGCUGUGGUGCUGACUGUUUUUGCCAUCUGCUUCGUGCCUUUCCACAUCACCCGCACCGUUUAUUACUUGGCGAGGCUGUUGGAAGCUGACUGCUGGGUGCUGAACAUUGUCAACGUGGUCUACAAAGUGACUCGACCUCUGGCCAGUGCCAAUAGCUGCCUGGAUCCUGUGCUCUAUUUGCUUACUGGGGACAAGUAUCGACGUCAGCUCCGACAACUCUGCGGGAGAGGGGGGCCCCGGCCCCCCACGGCUGCCUCCUCCCUGGCACUUGUGUCCCUGCCUGAGGACAGCAGCUGCAGGUGGACAGCUGCCUCCCAGGAUGGCAGGUGCCCUACCCCCAGGGCAGAUAGAUUAUAA